AUCAUCAGCUGUCCCCAGGUCCCUCGACUCUCUCCUCGCCCUCUUCCUCGGUAUCGUGGAACGGAAACCAAACUCUAGAUAUGAUAGGUCUUAGCAGUGCACCAACACCAAACCCAUCCCUAACCCCUCAGGCCGUCAUUCCUAAUCAGAGCAAUCAUAAUCAAGGAGCCCAAGAUGCGAUCCCAACUGGUGGCGUUUCAGAGAGGCGAAACCUAACUGGCUACAAUCCCACACACGUUGGGAUCCCAACUGACGUUUCCAGGCAAUUGGGAGCACCAGCCUCAGCUCCACCAGGCAACAAAGGAGGAGGAGGAGCAGGAGCAGGGAAGACAAGCAUUAUUGCUGUGGCAGGCGGAUGUGUGGCUAUGGUUAUCUUGGUGAUCGCGUUAGUCGUGUUAUGGGUUAAUCGACGGAGGCGGAAGCGAGUUGUGGCGAGACCUAGAACCCCUCAAGGAGAUAAUAAAGCAGAUGUCAUGCGAAGGCCUUUUCCUCCUCUUGUUGCUGCCGCUCCUGCUAGUGCCGCUACUGUCGAUCCACCUGUGGAUUCAUCCUUAUCAUCAAAUCAAGGCCACAUGCAGGAGCAAGAAAUCUCCAGACCUCUGUCGUCAGAUUGUCCAAAGUCGACCCAGAUUACUGUUGGAUUAUCUUCUGCAUCUGUUCCAGGGUCUGAAGCAACAGCACCAGGAGUUGGCGAACUCUGCCGGAUGGUGCAGAGCCACGAGGAUGCGACACUGACACUCAAUGCCCGUGUACUGGACCUGGAACAGGCUGUACCAGGACCAGAUGCUGGUGCUUCCAGCAGUGCACCCUCUCGCCGCCAACUGGAGGAACGCGUUGACCACGUAGUGGCAAUGCUCGGCGACAUCAACACCUUUGCUGCGCCGACCACCAUCAGCAGUCAGCUGCAUACUUUGAAGACCGAGGUCCAGCAGCUGCAGUCGACGAACACGGAUGGCAAUCCUAAGUUGUACAAGAUGCCAACUUUCCAACUGGAAAAGUUCGACGACUACACGCAGCAGGAUCCGGUCCUCUGGUGGGAAGCAUUCACGACGCAACUCAUGAUUCUGCCUAUCGCUAAGCAUGCGUAUAUCGGCGCCCUGUUCAUGAACUCAAAGGGCGGCUGCCAGACCUGGUUGACCCACCUGGCAACCUCCCACGGCGUCGACGUACCAGACUUGAAGGACAAGAUGACAUGGGAGGAAUUGACACGGCUGUGGAAGAAACGGUUCAUCGUCGACGACGCGCCGACACUCGCCAUCAACCGUCUUUUCACCAUGUCACAGGGCAACACUGCAACACGAGACUGGCUCACGGAAUGGCAGAAGAUUGUGGCAGUGCCCAAUCUGGACUUGCCAUUCACGCAUCUACGCCGUGAGUUCUACAACAGGUCCUGUGCUGCAUUGAGCCACGCUCUUGGUGAACGAGAGCAAUACACCACUUUCACCGAAAUCAUUGACAAGGCGAGAGAGAUUAUCAAGACCAACAGGUCAACUGCACACGAGAAGUCAACAUGGCAGCCAACCUAUGCGGAGAAGGUAAGAACUGGUCCGCGACCGCAGCACUUUGCUGCAGUCCAAUCGGACAGUGGAGAAGACCCAACAGCCACUCCAGCAUCACGUGACGGAGAUCAGGUGUCUGCUGUCCAACCGCGAAGCAACAACAAGGCCCGGAACAAUGGGAAGGCGAAACCAACAUCGCAGGCCGGAAAUGGACAGCCAGCACCACCAUGGGUCAAGUUUAGCUUGACCGAGGCGGAGUACAAGUACCACGGCCGCUACGGCUGCUGCUACUAGUGCAACAACACCAAGCACAAGACCUCCCUUUGCUAGGAUCAGGCCAAGGAGGAUGUGCGACCCCGUC